AUGGUUUGGAGCUGUGAGCAGUUGCGCCGAUUUAACAUGCCAAAUUUGGUCAAAGAAGGAGACGUGAUGAUUGGCGGGAUUUUCCCAGUUUUUAUCAGAGAGGUGUUACGGCUGUCCACGUUUGACAGGGAGCCACCUACAGUGAAAUGUGAAGGAUUUGACCUGCGAGUUUUUCAAUGGACCCAGAUGAUGAUAUUUUCAGUGGAAGGAAUCAACAGAGACCCUGUUCUCCUGCCAAACACAUCUCUUGGAUACCGGAUCUUUAACUCAUGUGCAUCACCUACAAACACUUUACGUGCUGCUCUCACGCUGGCCAGUAGACUAGAGGAGAUUAACUCAACCACCCCCUGUCCUCCAGCUGUUUCUGCCCUCAUAGCAGAGUCAGGAUCAUCUCAGUCUAUAGCUGUGGCUGGAGCUCUUGGGCCAUUUCACUUGCCAGUAGUUAGUUACUUCUCAACAUGUGCCUGCCUCAGUAACAGAGUUAAAUAUCCUACCUUUUUUCGGACCAUACCGAGCGACUACUUCCAGGCAAAAGCUUUGGCAGCCCUAAUUAAACAUUUUGACUGGCAGUGGAUUGGGGUCAUACAGUCAGAUAAUGACUAUGGCCAAAGUGGAGUACAAGCAUUUACUGAAGAAGUUAAAAGGUUUGGUGUCUGUAUAGCAUUUGUAGGCAGAAUUCUCCGUACAUACUCACUGGAAAAAAGUCUGGAUGUCGUGGAAAUGAUCAAACAGUCAACUGUAAAAGUCAUUCUGGCUUUUGUUCCUGAAGGUGACUUUUAUCCUUUGAUGACAGAGAUAGUGAAACACAACAUAACAGGAAUUCAGUGGAUUGCAAGUGAGGCCUGGAUAACAGCACCUCGACCUUCAACACCAGAAAUGUUCCAAACAUUUGGUGGAACUCUUGGAUUUGUUGUGCAGAAGAUGACUAUUUCAAACCUAAAACCUUUUCUCACAAGCAUUAGUCCUUAUAGGGAUCCAAAUGCACCUUUCGUGAGGGAGUUCUGGGAGUUUAUGGUUGGUUGUAUUCCUGUUUUACCUGGAGAGAAAAUUGAUCCUGACACGACAAGUAAAAUAUGUUCAGGCAAUGAAACAAUGAAUUUCCAACAUAUGUUCUUUGAUGUAACAGAACUCAGAGAAACCUAUAAUGUGUAUAAAGCAGUUUAUGCCAUUGCACAUGCUCUACACCAGCUGCUAUUCUGCCAACCAGUUGGAGAAAAACCAGUGAAACCUUGUUUGAAUAUAUCAGAAAUCCAGACUAAACACGUUGCUGAGCAGCUACAAAAGGUACAUUUCACAAAUCAGUUUGGAGAUGACGUCUUCUUUGAUGAAAAUGGUAACCCCCCAGCUUAUUAUGACCUGAUUAACUGGCAGCUCAAUAACGGGAAGGUGCAGCAUGUCACAGUAGGUCAUUAUGCCUCUGUUGCUAAUGGUGUUUAUAAGCUUAGCAUCCAGGUGGAUGAGAUUGCCUGGUGGAAUGGGAAAAUGGUUCCAACAUCCUUUUGUUCAAAUUUUUGUCCAGUAGGAACCAGAAAAGCUCAAAUUAAAGGAAAACCAACCUGUUGUUUUGACUGUGUCGCGUGUGUUGAAGGAACCAUAACUAAUUCAACAGGUGCAGCAGAGUGCUCACCCUGUCCACAGGAAUACUGGUCCAAUGAGAGGAAGGAUAAGUGUAUUCCUAAAACCAUUGAGUUCCUGACAUACCAGGAGCCCAUAGGAAUAGCAGUCACAGUGGUAUCUCUGCUUGGAGCUUCUCUGUCAGUGGCCACAUUGAUGGUUUAUAUCCGCUACAGAGAAACUCCUGUGAUUAAGGCCAGCAACUCUGAGCUGAGCUGUUUCCUCUUGUUCUCUCUCUUGCUGUGUUUUCUCUGUCCUCUCACUUUUAUUGGCAGACCAACAGUCUGGACAUGCAUGCUACGCCACACAGCGUUUGGUGUGACCUUUGCCCUUUGUAUUUCCAGUGUCUUGGGAAAAACAUUUGUUGUCGUCGCAGCUUUUAAAGCCACAUGUCCAGGCAACAAAGCUGCGACUAAGUUUGGUCCCUCACAGCAAAGGAUCAUCGUUUGCUCCUGCACUGUGAUCCAGAUAAUCACCUGCGUAUUGUGGCUUAGACUGAACCCACCUUUCCCAGACAUGGUUUUUAGAUACAGCAAUAAGAAGAUUAUUUUAGAAUGUAACCUAGGCUCUGAGGCAGCUUUCUACGCAGUGCUGGGCUACAUAGGACUCCUGGCAAUAACAUGUUCAGUUCUGGCAUUUCUUGCUAGAAAGUUGCCUGAUAACUUUAAUGAGGCUAAGUUCAUCACGUUCAGUAUGCUGAUUUUCUGUGCUGUGUGGAUCGCCUUCAUCCCAGCCUACAUCAGCUCUCCAGGAAAGUUCACUGUAGCUGCUGAAACAUUUGCAAUUUUGGCUUCAGCAUUUGGCUUAUUAAUUUGCAUUUUUACACCUAAAUGUUACAUUAUAUUGAUCAAACCAGAGAAAAAUACCAAAAAAUAUGUCAUGUGUAAAAAUUUAAGAAGUAUACUUUCUUAG